CUGGAAGAGGCGCAGCAGCGAGGUGGCGGGCUGCGUGCGCAAACAGGGCGGCCGUUCCUGGGCCCGGAGAACGGCAGGUGAGACGCUGGAGCUGAGGCAGCAACAUGGCAGUGUUUCUGGAGGCCAGGAACGCCCACUCGGUCCUGAAGCGCUUCCCUCGUGCCAACGAGUUCCUGGAGGAGCUGCGCCAGGGCACCAUUGAGCGGGAGUGCAUGGAAGAGAUCUGCAGCUACGAGGAGGUCAAGGAGGUGUUUGAGAACAAAGAGAAAACGAUGGAGUUCUGGAAAGGGUACCCCAAUGCAGUCUACUCAGUGCGAGACCCCUCGCAGAGCUCAGACGCCAUGUACGUGGUGGUGCCACUUCUGGGGGUGGCGCUGCUCAUCGUCAUUGCCUUGUUCAUCAUCUGGAGGUGCCAGCUGCAGAAGGCGACCCGCCAUCACCCCUCGUAUGCUCAGAACCGGUACCUGGCCAGUCGCGCUGGGCACAGCCUCCCCCGGGUCAUGGUGUACCGGGGCACUGUGCAUGGCCAGGGGGAGUCCUCGGGGCACCGCGAGGCAGGCAGCAGCCCACAGGUGGUGCUGGCGCCCAGUCGCGGGGGCAGAACCACAGUCCGCCUUGAGAGCACCCUCUACCUCCCUGAGCUUUCUCUCUCCAGACUGUCCAGUGCCACCCCUCCCCCGUCCUACGAGGAGGUGACUGCGCCUCAGGAGGGCAGCAGUGAGGAGGCCAGUGUCUCUUACAGCGACCCGCCCCCCAAGUACGAGGAGAUAGUGGCCGCCAGCCCUGGCGCAGACAAGUAGUGGGACGUGCGUCCUGGCCUCCUGUUUCCUUCUGAACUUUUUAAAGACUGUGCCACCACAAAACAGCCUUAGCCUCCUUGUUGCCAAAUAAUUCCCUAACCGUGGAUUUUUAGGAAGUCAGUCAGAGACAGGUGGGGAGAAUCGGGGCUGGGGAACAUGUAUGAGUCAAAGCCCACUCCCACCCUCAGAAAGAGCUUCAGACCUGGCAGCCCAGCUCUUCCAGAAGCUGCCCGAGCCCCCACCAUUCUGUGCUCCCACUGGGGACUGACUUCCCUUAUGCCAAAGGAAUCACCUCAUUGUAUCGACAGUGGCUCGGGUGUGGGGACUGUGGGGCUGUGUGACUGGCUGGCAACUCACGGGUUCUGGGCCCUUGGGGUGACACGUAGCCCUUCAGCUGCCCUUCUCCUCCAGUGUUGUGCUUUCUGCCCUUGCUUAUGUGGUGAGGACAUGGGCAAGGACUGAGCAACAAACAAAGCAAGGAGUAACAGACAAAUGAGAAACACCAUAGACCUAACCCAUCCUGCCUGGGCCAUUCCCAAGGGGCCCAGGGGGAUCAGUUGCACAGCUCUCAGGCUGCCUUUUCCCUCCACAUACUCCUGACCAGGUGGAAAAGAGUGUGGGGGAGCAACCUGACAGGAGGAUCAGAGGGUGUGAGGGGUGAGGAGCAGGGGGCAGGAGCCGGAGCUCCCCUCCUCCACCUUGACCAAGGGUCCACGAAGACUUGGGCAUUCUGUUUCUCAUGUGUGUGCCCCUCCACAAACCCUGGCUCUCCAGAGCUGUGUACGAGUUGUGCUAAAACCACUACCCACAGGCAUUGGCCCACUCACGGCCGUGAGGCACUCCAUCAUGGAGCAAAGUGAUGUUUUGGACCCUGUCAGUGGAGACCCUGGCCCCCAAGUGGUGGGUAUAUGGGCUGGGACAGAGAUCUGCCGUUUUCUCCUGCAGUUGAUCAUCCAUAGGACCAUUAAACCAAUGAACUUGGCCUUCUUGGCGCUCUGCUCUCUGGCUUUGAACUUUUAGGACACUUUCCUUUUUGUGAGUAGGUUUGUUGAACUUUAGAUAGAUGGUUUUUCUUUUGAAUGAUGGUGCCACCUGGGGAGAAUAUUCCAAAGUGUCCCUUUCUAACAAUUUCUUGGUUAAGGACCCUGGUGCUGGUCUAUUUUCAGAGAGGCUUUGGACAGCAGUGGGGCAGAGGAGAUCUGGACUUUCACUGUCAAAGACCAAGCAAAAGACACUGU